AUGCCGGUACCACCUGAGGGCCAGUACCACAACUCUCAUAAGUGCAGUGAGAACAUCGUAUCUGAAACAAUGUUUUUUUCUGCAGCUCCAGGGCUGGGAAGAGGACAGUGUGGGAGUCGGCACCUGGGUGGAGUCUUUGGAAGAACUUCACCGUUAAAGACUGUGUCUGCAUUGGUGGUGCUAAAUUUAACAGAAGUGAAAAAAGCUAUUAGGCAGCUUGAACUAUGUGUUGUAAAGAAAAGUGAUAAGGAAGCUGAUUCAGAUGGUGUUGUAUGUCUAGAAGUUUACUGUCCCAGAGACGUACUGUGCAUUUUGAGCUGCAGCCAUCUUUUCCGUCAGAGAUGCAUUGAGCCCUGGCUGUUAAGACAUAGGACAUGUCUAGAGUGUAAAUGUGAUCUCCUCAAAGCUAGAGGAACAGCAGCGACUGUCAAAAAUGAAGACAAAUCUCUAGCUGCUCUUGUGGCAAAUGAAGUUCCCAGAGCUGCUUUGCUUAGUGAAGAAGAGAAUGUUCGUGCACUUGCACUGCUAAGAAGGUGUACAGGGGCCGGAUAA